CAAAUUCCAAAUCCACAACUGCAACAAAGCUGCAGCACCAAGCUAAAUCAACUCCCAGUAAUCCAGAGAAUCAGACGAGGCAAGGUCGCACAAAAGCCGACAGUCUAUUGUUUGAAUCAAAAUAUAGGAAAUAAAAAGAGCGACACAAACUCGCCCGCCAAUGAAUACAGCCACAGAGCCGGAGACAUCCUCCCCGCCCUUCCACGAGAGCACCACCACCACCUUGCAAACAGAAUCCCUACAACCCCAAAAAGAAAUUUUUGAACAAUUAAGGACAUAUCCAUUUACAAAGGACCGUGAAUUUGCAACAGGUCUUGCGAUAAUACUCGGACAUCCCGAAACGCCCGCAUCAGAGGGGGAGAUAGCCCGCAAUGAUGAUUUAGUUCUACAGGCGAAGUGUUAUUACUUUACCAGGAAAAAGAACCUUGUAUCACCGCUGGAUAUUGCGACCUUCAAAUCUUGGCUUGAAGAAAGGCCAACACCCUACAAUUCCAUGGGUGAAUCCCAAGAAACCGGCUCUUUCACAGUAUCUGAUGCAUCAUCUUCUGGGCAUACCGAUCAAGUAUCAAACCCCACCUCACAAGAACCAACCUAUCCCACUUCCUUUGCUCAUAUAGUUGAGCUUAUUACCACCGGUCAGCCUAUCCCAGGGAUCCAGGAGAUACCGGAUACUCUUUUGACAGGUCAGGGUGCCCUGAGUGCGAAGCCAAGGAGAUUAAAACCCUGGGAGAAUGAGGGAACUACCUAGGCGUUCUAGGUAUCAAAUCAUCAGAUGAGGCAUGACAACUAUAACAAUGAUUUCCGUGAAGUUGGGCCGCCCACGAACUGUCUAGAAAACCCAGCUUUGUAAAUACAUGGUCAAAGCCUAGUUGUCCUUUCGUUGCACGUCUAAUCUCAAUGUAAAGCACUAUAAAUGGUACUUUGUGAAUCAUAGCUUCUUUCUGGAGCAAGAACUAGUAACAAGACAUGCCUAUCAAGAAUGAACCCCGUAUAUGAAUAUU